ACGACGACACGAAAAAGACGAGAACCCACCAUCAUCAUCAUCACCACCAAUGGCCCUCCUCCGCCAAUCAGUCGCUCCCCUGCGAGCCAUGCGCUGCAGCAGCGCCGCCCGCCAGCCUGCGAUGGCGCGGAGCCUCUCCAUGACGACCCGACGACACGGCGGCCACGGCAACGAGUCGCAGUUUGAGCCGCCCACCGGCUGGCUCUGGGGCAUCAAGCCCGGCGAGAAGCCCGAGCCCGAAGGCUGGGAGUGGCCAAUGUACCUGUUUGGGGCGAGCCUCUUGGUGACGGGCGUUGCGCUGGCUUUCAAGCCCGAUACUUCUGUUUCGACCUGGGCUCUCGAGGAGGCGCGAAGGAGGUUAGAAGCCGAGGGUGUCCUGCCGGACCCUUCAAGUCAGGAGAAGAAGAACUAAGCGUCCGGAACGUGGUGGGAAUGGUCACGCUCGCAUAGAGGAGGAGGAGGAGACAAGGGGGGAGACUGGAGGGGAAGAGUCACACUAGACACAAGUUGAAGAGAGAGAGUGUGUGUGUGUGAGAGAGGGAGAGAGGGGGAGCAUUGUUGGGAGUUGCCAACAUGUAC